AUGGCUUCCCGUUCGCUAUGGGCGCGCGCACGAGGGAGCUUCCUCGGUGACACCACGCUUCGCCUGCUCGGGCUUGCGACCUGGAUCCCGGUCGUGAUUACAUUCAACGACCAUGUUGCGACCAUCACGAGCAUCAGCGGCGGCUCCAUGUACCCCUACUAUAACGAGGAUCGCAAUAAGACGACUGCAAAUGAUAUGGUGCUCAAUUGGAGGUGGAAACCCUCCUACGGGCUCCAGAGAGGCAUGAUUGUCACAUUUAGGAGCCCUUUCCAUCCCGAAACCGUAGCGAUCAAGAGAGUCGUCGCGCUGGAAGGUGAAUAUGUCACAACGAGAGCACCGUAUCCGGAGAGAGUGGUCAGGGUACCGCAGGGCCAUAUUUGGGUGGAGGGAGAUGGGCCACAGGAUCAGACGCUGGACAGUAAUACGUACGGUCCGAUAUCUAUGGCGCUGGUGACAGGAAAAUGCAUAUGGAAUAUCUGGCCUUGGCGCAAGUUUGGCCGCGUGAAAUGGGAAGAACACAAAUUCAAGGAUAGAUACUGA